CUUAGACUAGGUAUUUGGAGAUUCUGAGAACAAGAUAAUGAAAAAAAAGAAUCGCUCAGAAGUGUCCCUGCUGUCAAAAUCCGCCUCAAAAUAUAACGAAGAAGUUUGCGUGCCACUGCCGCCUCUAGAUGUCAUUGAUAUCAAAGUCCUAAAUUUAAGAGUGCCCGAUGAACCUAAGCCUUACGUUAUAGUAGUGACGUUUCAAGGCCAGUUGCUCAUAUCAUGCGUUAUAACGUCGACGGGAGGUAGGGAAGUAAAUGAAGAAUGCAAAAACGCUGUAGCUUCGGGGAGGAUGAAUUACGAUCCAUCAGAUUAUGAGAAAAUGUGCCUGUUCGCCGAUAAUCCUUUAAUGAUAAAAAUUCAUCCCUUGAGAAACGACGAGAAAAUCUCUAACACAACAUAUAGUCCACCUGAACAAUCAAGGGAAUCUACUAAACCAAGCUCUGUGAGACGUCCGAAACCUGAUACGGAAACGUUUUGCUGUAACAUAGAUAUUUUACCAAUAUUUAAUGAAACAAACAAGAUGAAACUGCAAAAACGUCUAGAACCAAUGUAUAAGCCGUCCGUCUUAGUGGUCAAAAGCUGGGACAACCUUCCAUUAAUCACGUUAACUUUGAACGCAAUUAGGAAUCCGGAAAACGUUAAUCAUCAUAAAAUGUUCAAGAAUGCGAACUAUAUGAAAAUCACUGUUGUCGGAAGUUACAAUAUGAUAACACCGUAUGAAGAAGAAUGUGUUUAUAUUGCAGCAUCAAGGUUACCUCUUCCUAAUGAAACGCAAGCUGGAGUUUUUAGCUUCAACAACGGCUAUAAACUUCUUAGAAGACCCAAAAGAACGUCCUUUUAUCCACAUUGGGGUAGCCUGCUAGUUGCACGGGAAUCGUUCACUAGAGGCGAUGAAAAAUUUGAAUAUAAUAUAAACGAAUUACAUAACGAAGAAAACAUAGAUGUGAAUUACUACGUAAAUAAAAAGCCAGAUCAUUUUACAACCCUGUGGACAGCAUUUCACCGAGUUUUAAUGCCUAAAGAAACAGAAGAAUCAUUAGCAGAACAUAUACGCAACUAUAAAUGGCCGAUAGAAGUGCACAUUUCUGGAGAAAACAAGGGAUACAGCUUUAUGGGCUUCAUAGAUCUUUUCCGGCUUCUGUAUCCUGGAGAGAUAACAGUUCGCUUAGUGGUACCACUGCAAUGGGUCGACGCACAGAUUAUGAUGGCAAAAUGUAGCUGCCAGCUGCUUCUCACGCCCAAUAAUAAAGUUCCAUCUGUCAUGUCAGCCAUUCAGAAAUCGAGCAAGGCUACAACUGAAUCAGCACAUAUCAGCACAAUGAGAGAAAUAACAUACGUACCGCGCCCUACUGGUAGCGACGACAAAUGUGCUUUCGUAAUCGUUGAAAUCGCCCUAGCACAUCCUUUGAAGGAGCCUUCCAUACCUCCGCACAUAUCUGAGUCUGAAAUAAACGAGAUGUUAAUGGAAAUGGAAGUGCUACCGACUAAACGCGAGAGCACGGGGCGUGGGCAACUCGACCGCGACUGGCAAGCCACGGUGCGAUGUGCGGCUAACUCGUUACGCCGAGUACCUUACUAUGGAUUGACAGAUUUGUGUACCAUUAACCGUGUAUUGAGUGGAACCCGUACUCGCGUAGAGCUGGUGACGUCAUUCUGGAUAGACGCAGCUAUUUACGUCAACAACAACUUUGUUGUCAGAGAUUUCCUACACUCUGAUGAUACCUAUGAAGAGAUGCUAAUGAUAGCACACGCCUGUCUCAUGCGACUCGCGAACGUGGCGCUGCAGACGACAACUGAUAACAGACAAGAGCUGAGCCCUACAUUGAGAGCGGCGCGGCACGCUCGACAUAUACAGGACUUGCCACAUGCUAUUGAUCUUUAUUUACAGUUGGUGGCAGCCAAACCUCGAGAGGCGAACAGUUGGCGUGAGCUCGCAACGUGCCUCAAAGAUGUGGACAGCGACUGGGCGAAUGUUUGCCUCAACAAAGCAAUCAUGUUGGAUCCCCGGCAUCCGUUAAGUCUACUCUCUAAAGGUGCUGCGAUAUUUGACAUUGAACCAGAUGAUGCAGAACCUUUCUUCACAGCACUGAUGGCAUUUCAUCCGUUUUACCUAAGCUUGUGGGUCGCUGCCAACGCGUAUUACUUGCACAUGGAACUGUUCCACAUGGCCACCGAAAUCAUGGCGCAAAUUAAAAAAACAGAAGCCGAAGGUCUGUCACAAGAGAUGCCAUUCCCCCGAGUUUGGGAGCGUGAGCUCGGUGACUGGUGGGACCAAACCCCCUUGCUUCCCGGCACCAGCCGCUACUACGACGCUGCUGACCUCCUUCUAAGGAUUCGCGCCGUUACCCUCGCAGAGAUAUGCAUAGCUCGUGGAUUUUCGGAAACUGGUGAGAGUGCCGUGUACUUCCACAUGGUCGCUCUAUGUUGCCGAUUGAGAGGAAAUGUUGAUGAUGCAUUAUGCCAUAUUAAGCAAGGAAUCGAAAAAUAUGGUGAAAUAACAUACUUAAGGAGUUUGGAGGGAGAGUGUUUCCACAAGCGAAAAGAAUCGUCUGCCUCUAUGAGGUCAUUUGAAAAAGUCGUAUAUUGUACCAGCCCUUAUAUUGCCUUGUUGUCAUUGCCACGUCGCGAUCAUGGCAGAGUCAAGUCCAUAUUAACAGAACUCACACGCCGUCACCCAAGUGCCUAUACCUGGAUGGCAUUUGCGGAUGAUUGGAUGAAGCAAAGUGCGAUGGGCGAGGGUGGUGAUGCAGACGCAGCGAAAGGCCAACAAUCAGCCGCAGCCAACGCAGCCAUGUGUGCGCUGAACGCGCUCAGAUGUGACAGGCGGGCGGCUCGCGCGUGGACGUUGUUAAGCAUCCUCCUCAAGCCGAGCGCCAGGCGUGAGUUCUGCAUGGAAAUGGCUGUUAAGUACGAAAUAACAAUUCAUGUGCUCUUAGGCUGCCCGUCCACCGGAGCGGAGCGAGGCAGCCGAGCCGGCGGAUCGGACUAA